UACUUUCAUUUACCAUGUGUUCCCACUGCCUCCUGACACCAUUUCCCGGCAAACCUGUGCAGAGGUGGCUUCAGCCCCAGACUGGAACUCCAGAGACCUUUCCCAAUACUGCAAACAGCCCUGGGAUCCUUGACCCCUGGAAGCUGUGGGCAGAAGACAAACAUUGCCUGGAUUUAUCUGCAGGUGCCCAGGGUUCCUCCGCCAGCCCCGGUUUCCUCACUGGAUGGGACACAGAGAUCCCAUUUCAGAGCCUGCAGCAGAUCAGACACAGAUCCAGAGCGAUCCAAGACCCACAGGAGGAGGCUGUGGCUGUUCCAAACAUCCACAUCCAGCUGGAGACAUGAUGUCUCCAGCCCUUCCCAUCCUCUUCACCAUCCUGCUUCUCUCAGCUGGGGCCUCUGCAGCACCGAGUUAUGUGCUGGUGUCCCCGGCCGUGCUGUACCACCCUCACCCUGCCACGCUCUGGCUGCACCUCGGUGACCUCCAGGGGCCCGUCCAGGUCCAUGUCCAGCUGCAGAGGGACAGCGGGACCCUGGCCACCACCCUGCUGAGGAGAGAGGUCCUGGAGCCCCAUCUGCACCUGAACGUCACCUUCCCUGCUCCUGCCCCUGCCAGAGGGACAGAGGAAAUCGUGGCCCUGCACGUCUCAAUCCAAGGGGAGUCCCUGAAUGUCUCCGAGUCGAAGAAGGUGAUGCUGAGAGCUCUGAGCCCCGGGAUCUUCAUCCAGACGGACAAGGCUGUCUACAAGCCUGGGCAGGAAGUGAAGUUCCGAGUUGUCUCUUUGGAUAAAGACCUGACCCCCAGCAACCAGAAGCUGCCCCUGGUGUUUCUGAAGGAUCCCAGCGGGAAUCGCAUCGCGCAGUGGCGGGAGGUGACCCCUCGGCAGGGAAUCGUGGAUUUGUCCCUCCCGCUGGCCUCGGAGCCGGCCCUGGGCACCUACACCAUCAGCGUGGAGGGGAAAAGCAACUCCUUUAGCGUGGAGGAAUAUGUGCUGCCCAAGUUUGAGGUGACCAUUCAUGUCCCCACGCUGUGGGAGAAGGACGAGAAGUUCCCAGUGGAGAUUUGUGGGCGCUACACCUACGGGAAGCCUGUCCAGGGGAAGGUCCAGGCUGGCUUGUGCCUCAGACAGAGGCUCCGGUAUCACCGGAGGAGGAAGAGCUGCACCCAGGUUACUGGGCAGACGGAAAAGAACGGCUGCUUCUCCACAGAGGUUCCAUUGGCUGCCUUCAAAGAGACCAUCCCGGGGUUGAGGAAGGAACUUGAAGUUGAGGCGUUGCUGGUGGAGGAUGGGACAGGGCUGGAGAUGAAGAACACCAAGAGCUGUGAGGUUUUACCCGAAGCAGUCACGGUCACCUUUGAGAACCCUGAUCACGUCUACAAGCCUGGGCUCCCCUACACAGGGAAGAUCCGGCUGCAGGGAGCCGAUGGCUCUGGGCUGCCCCAGAGGCAGAUCCUGCUCUCGGUCAGGAACCAGGGAAAAGAAAAGACACAAAGCUUCCUGACAGACGGCUCAGGGAGAGCCUCCUUCCAGCUGGACACCUCUGGCUGGAGCGACCAUGUCUCCUUGAGGGCUCAACUCAACCAAACAGCCGAGAGCUGGGGGAAGGACUCAAGAGCUCCCAACAAAGUUGCCUCUCUGACAGUCAUGCCCUACUCCUCGAAGAGCAGGAGCUUCCUGCACAUCCGAGACCCCGAGGGGGAGCUCCCCUGCGGCCAUUCCCAGCUGAUCCACGUGGAUUCCAUCUUUGGAAAGGAGGCUUUAGGCAGUGAGCUGAAGAACCUGGAUCUGGUUUUCAUGGUCCUGGCCAAGGGGACCAUUACCAGCAUCUUCAGGAAAGAGGUCGCUGCAGAGCCUGGACAGAGGGUCUCCCUCUCCCUGGAGCUGCCCAUCGGGCUGGAGCUGGCGCCCAUGGCCAAGCUUCUGGUCUACGUGGUGCUGCCCAACGGUGAGAUGGUGGCUGACUCCACUGAGCUCUACGUGGCCAAGUGCUUCCCCAACCAGGUGAAGAUGGCGUUUUCAGAGGCCAGGGCCCUGCCUGGGGCAGCGCUGAGGCUGCAGCUGGGGGCUGCCCCGGGCUCCCUGUGCGCUGUCCGAGCUGUGGAUCGCAGUGUGCUGCUCCUGAAGCCCGAGGCUGAGCUCAACGCUGAGGCUGUCUACAAAGCACUGCCUGAGUUCAACUACCCCCACAGCAUCCAGGAUGAACCAUCCUGUGACUUUUACUGGUGGGACUCCAAGAUGGAAACCUACAAGUUAUUCCAGGGUGCAGCACUGAAGCUCUUCACCAAUGCCAAGACCAGGGAGGAUUGCCCACCCAGGCUCCCCAUCGUUGGAAUGGCAGGUCCUGGAGGUGAGGUCCAGCUGAGACCUGAGACCCCAAGUUCUGCUCUGCCUUUUCCAGGAGUGGCAGUAGCACCCCGUUUUGCGUUGGAAGACGUGGUACUGGUCAGCUCAGGCAGUCCAAACGUUGAGGAUGGGGAAAAGGCCGCAGCACCCCGAACAUAUUUCCCAGAGACGUGGCUGUGGGACCUGGUCCCUGUGGGGGAGGGUGGCUCUGCUGAGGUGACGGUGACAGUGCCUGAUGCCAUCACAGAGUGGGAGGCUGGGAUGUUCUGCAUGGCCCCGCAGGGCCUGGGGCUGUCCCCUGCUGUCACCCUCACGGCCUUCCAGCCGUUCUUUGUGGAGCUGGCGCUGCCCUACGCCGUGGUGCGCCACGAGACCUUCACCCUCAGGGCCACCGUCUUCAACUACCUGCGCCAGUGCCUGAGGGUUCAGGUGAUGCUGGCAGAGUCGGCGGAGCUGGAGGUGUCACCAGGUGCAGGGGACACCUACAGGGGCUGUGUCUGUGCAGACGAAGCCAGGACCUUCCAGUGGGGCGUGAGAGCCACCAGCCUGGGGGAGGUGAACAUCACCGUGAGCACUGAGGCCCUCAGCUCCACAGAGCCCUGUGGCAACGAGCUGCCCCUGGUGCCGGCCCAGGGCCGCGUGGACACCGUGAUAAAGCCCCUGCUGGUGCAGCCCGGGGGGAUCCUGGUGGAGAAGGCUCACAGCUCCCUGCUCUGCCAGGAAGGUGCUGAAGAAGUCUCCUUAGAGAUUCCUGCAAACAUCCUGGAGAGCUCCCAGAGAGCCCACAUCACCGUGAUGGGUGACAUCCUGGGCAAUGCCCUGCAGAACCUGGACAGUCUCCUGGCCAUGCCCUACGGCUGUGGGGAGCAGAACAUGGUUCGCUUUGCCCCCAACAUCUACAUCCAGCAGUACCUGGAGAAGACCGGGCAGCUGCUGCCAGACAUCCGUGCCAAGGCACAGGGGUUCCUGCAGAGCGGGUACCAGCGGGAGCUGCUGUACAAACACGAUGACGGCUCCUACAGCGCCUUUGGGAAGAGCGAUGACAAGGGCAAUACCUGGCUGACGGCGUUUGUCCUCAAGUCCUUCGGGCAUGCCCGGGCCUACGUGGCCAUCGAGGAGCGGCACAUCACGGAUGCGCUGCGGUGGCUGCAGCAGCACCAGAGGAAGAGCGGCUGCUUCCGCAGCGUGGGCAGACUCUUCAACAACGCCCUGCAGGGCGGUGUCUCGGAUGAGCUCUCACUCUCGGCUUAUGUGACGGCAGCAAUGCUGGAACUGGGGCUGCCCACGCUGGAGCCGACAGUGAGCGCAGCCCUGAAGUGCCUGGAGGCUUCUCCCACGGACAACCCCUACACACAAGCCCUGCUCGCCUACGUGUUCGGGCUGGCGGGGCUGCGGGAGCAGCAGCAGGCACAGCUACAGCGCCUGGCCCAGCACAGCAUCAGCACAGAGGGGCAGCUCUACUGGCGGAGGAAGGGGCAGGCUCAGAAGGCCUCGGAGCCGUCCUGGGCCGCGGCUGCGCCGGCCGAGGUGGAGAUGACGGCCUACGUCCUGCUGGCCUACCUGUCCCAGCCCUCCGUGUCCCCUGCUGAGCUGGGGACAGCGUCCCAGAUCGUCCGCUGGCUCUGCAAGCAGCAGAACCCCUACGGGGGCUUUGCCUCCACACAGGACACCGUGGUGGCCCUGCAGGCCCUGGCCAGAUACGCCACCCUGACCCAUGGCAGCAACGGGGACUUCACGGUGACGGUGACAUCGCCCACGGGGACAGCGCAGGACUUCGUGCUGGACAGCAGCAACCGGCUGGUGCUGCAGCGAGCGGCGCUGCCCGAGCUGCCGGGCACCUACGGGCUGCGAGCCCGUGGGCAGGGCUGUGCCCUGGCACAGGUGACCCUGCGCUACAAUGUGCCCCCUCCUCCCAGCACGGGGGCGUUUGAGCUGCGGGUGGAGACAGAGCCGCUGCCUGGCACACAGAACCCGCGGUUCCUGCUCCGCCUCUGGGCACGGUACAGCGGGGACCGUCCUGUCACCAACAUGGUUGUCAUCGAGGCCAAGCUGCCCUCGGGCUACAGCCCAGACAAGAAAUCCGUGGUGGAGCUGAAGAGGCAGAACCUGGUGAAGAAGGUGGAGGUGCAGCCUGACCAGGUGACCAUUUACCUGGAGCAGCUGAGCAAGGAGGAGGAGACCUUUUCCUUCCGAGCCCAGCAGGACUUCCUGGUGAGCAACCUGCAGCCAGCCACCGUGUCCCUGUACGACUACUACGAGACAGGUGACCGUGUGGAUGUGGCCUACACUGCACCCCCCAGCUCAGAGGAGAAGGAAAACGUCUAACUCAGCCUGGAGCCUGGCAGCCCCUCCCUGCCCUGCCCCAGCUCCUGUGGACAGCAAGGACAGGGAUGGCUGAGGGUCCCUGCUCGUGGCCAUGGUCCUGACCCUCCACGGGGGCAGCAGGUGGCCCAGAGACCCUCACUGGCCCCCAGCAGGGCCCCUCUGCAUGGAGCCAUAGCUGGGUCUGGAUCUGCAGCCAAGGGGCUCCUGCAGGCCCAAGGACACACAUGGCUUCUCCAGCUCUGCCACUCGAUGGACUUGGCUGAGCAGCCACAGUGGGAGCUUCACAGGGACACCCCUGGGCCACCUCCUGACACCCCUGCAUGGACACUCUGAGGUGCCACCUCAGCCCCCUCCUCAGCACUGACACAGUGCCAGUGUCACCACGAGGGACUUGGGGACACUCUGAACUCCCAGCACAAAGCAGACAGGUGCCUGCUGGAGAGAAGCUGGGACCCCACUGCCCUGGGUCUAAAUAAAGCCGUAGUCAAUCA